CCCGAGUCCGGCCAUAUAAAAGAUAGUCAGUGUUGUAACUAAAGCAGGCAAAAUGGCGGCUUCACUUGGUUUGCACUGCCACCACUACCAUGUUGCAGCAGCAGCAGCAGCUAAUCCACUACGCAAAGCCGCAAAGCAAGCUCUAUCUUGUCUAAUACUGAAAUCUUCAAAGCCUCAUCAUCACCAUAGUUGUUGCUAUAAUAGUGAUAGUGUUGGUGCCAAAGAAAUUAGAAGCCCUGACUUGGUUGCUUUGGAGUAUGCUGACCUUAAUCUUUCUGAUAAAAUUUCUGGGGAAUUGGGUCAUGUAAGAAUCAGGCAACAUGUAAAUCCUUUGAGUUCCUCUUUCUCUGUGCCUGCACAAGUGCCUGAUUGGAAGGAUGUUUUCAGGGACCCAACAUUGCCACUCAUGGUUGAUAUUGGAAGUGGGAGUGGCAGAUUUCUCAUUUGGCUUGCGAAAAGAAAUCCUGAUUCAGGAAACUACUUGGGACUUGAAAUAAGGCAGAAACUGGUCAAGCGUGCGGAAUUUUGGGUAAAAGAGCUGGCUCUUACUAACGUACAUUUCCUGUUUGCAAAUGCUACAAUUUCUUUCAGACAACUGGUUCUCUCAUAUCCUGGACCCUUGAUGCUAGUCUCAAUUUUGUGUCCAGACCCUCAUUUCAAGAAAAGGCACCAUAAAAGAAGGGUUGUGCAGAAAACAUUAGUAGAUAACGUCAUCAGUCAUUUAGUUCCUGGAGGGAAGGUUUUCUUGCAGUCUGAUGUGCUCGAUGUGGCUCUGCACAUGAGAAGCCAAUUUGAUGCGGAGUCGGAUGCGCUUCUGCACAUCGAUGAACUUGACCCGAGUGUACCCUGUGACAGUGAUGGAUGGCUACUGGAUAAUCCAAUAGGAAUAAGGAGUGAAAGAGAAAUCCAUGCUGAAUUUGAAGGAGCGAAAAUUUACAGAAGGUUGUACCAGAAGAGGACAUAAUUAAGAAGCAUGCUGUUUUGACAAACUAGUUAAUGUUCAACCCAUAAACCCAUAAACACAAGGAAACGAUAAAUUUAAAAUUUUUCUGUGAGUUCUAAGAUUUUGUUAAAUAAUUUAGAGUUAUUUAGAGUUUGAGUAAAAUUAUAUAAAGAUCAAAUUUUUUAACGACUUUGAAUAAUUAUUUCAAAGUUGAAUUAUCGCAAACUAUAA